CCUUCUUGGCCGUAAUAAGGCUCUUAUAGACUGCUCAAAUAUCCAUUAAAAAAAAGUGCCCUAGACCGGUUUAUAGGGUAGUACACAAUCAGUCUAUAUCCUCUGGAAAUCCCUUGCUUCGCACUCAUCUCCUGUCAUACCAUCGCCGAGUGCAAUGUCUUCUCAACUCAAUCGAUACUGGAUACCCAAUUUUGACAUCAACAAGAGAGUAAUCACCAAGGAAAUCCAGUACUACCUGGGACCAGAAUCUACGCUGAGACCAUAUACACGAGACGUACGUGAUGAUAAUUUCCGCUGCCAGAUAAUUAUGCUCAUUGGGUGCAUAGGGAGAAGAUGGAUAUCUGAUUAGCACGCCUGGAGAGUGCCUGACGGAUGUGAGCACUACCAUGUACCAGAGACAACCUGAGGUGUCUCCAUUAAUUUGAUAUAUAGGAGCAGAUAGACGAUAUCUGUAUUAAGUCAAAAGAGCUCUGGGAAAAGCAGGCAGCGGCUCGAGCAAAGAAAGAGUCGGACAAGCAACUGAAGCGACCACUACAUCAGCCAGUCGUCAUCUCGAGAGGCUCAAAAUCGCGUUCCUCAAGAUCUCAGCGUCCAGAUCACAAAAGCUCUUGAUUAUUCGAAUGACAAGGACUUCGGCUCUGACUUCAAUGGGCUGAGAUAGUCAGAAUGAUGCAGACCAGCUGCGGAUGGAUCUUUCAACAAGAGAUGAAGAGUGUGGUAUCGUACUCACUCAACAACAAGAGGUUUCAGGAGUAGACAUCGCGCCACGGGGUAGGAGUAAGGCUGUCGCCCGAGUAAAAAUGCAUAGCACUCGCACUCAUCUUUUCCUCGCCAGUGUUAAUUUUCUAAU